CGAUUAUUUCCUUUUAGAGUGCUGGACAAAUUCUGGGGGUUUGAGAGAUUUGCUGGGUUCUUCAUGAAGAUCUAAUCUUUCAGAUUCUUAGGUUUUCCCGCACCCUGCCCGUUGCAUUCCGUUAUUCACUCUUAGGCCUUGCUCAAGCUCCUCCAUUUCCUGGACAUCGCUUUUUUUUUUUUUUUUUGUUAUUUUGUUUCACUCUCCCUUGAUCCUACUACUUACUGAACUGGAGUUUCAUCUGGGUUUCAGUCUUAUUCAGUGUCCGAGCAAAGUUUUGCAUAAUUUUUGCUUCGUUGAAUUUCAAGGGUUUUAAUCUCGUCUCUCUUUUGGGGACCAUUUCAUCAGUGAAUGUAAAUUUGAUGGAACUGGUAUCCUUUGCAAAGCAAAUGUCUUUCCUUCACAGAGGGAUACGAGAAAGUGAGUUGUUGAUCACAUUGAGCUAAGUGGUCUGAUGUCUGGAUGACCUUACCUCAUUGUUUCUUUCUGCACUUUUUAGCAUGGUUUUCAGCCUUCUUAGACUUGUGGUGAAGUCCCUCUCCAUCUGGGUGCAUGACUCAGACUGUAAGCUUAAUUGCACAUAGUGUACUAGACAAUCAGGUGCCUGAUGGGAUGCAACCUUGUGCAUGUAAUGUCUUCCGAAAUGUGCUUGAGACAAUGAGACCUGCAAGCGUUAUUUUGAUUCGUAAGACAGUUACUACACGGUUAGGAAUGUUCUUUGGUACGGACGAUAACGGAUGCCAAAGCUGUUUCCCAGCCUUUUGUUCUUUAUUGGUUGCCACGUAACUCGAGCAUUAGUGGCUCAGAAGUGGAAGCCCGUUUUGACUGAGCUUUUAGUUUUCUCUGUUUUCCUUUUUAUAUGCUGAUCGAUGGCAUCUGGAUCAUGAUUCGUCAAUGCUUGAUCGACCUUUCUAUUUGCGCCCGACACGUGUCUAGGAGCACCUGAACUUAUAAGGCAGUUUUCUUCUUUGGUAUAUAUAAUUGGAUUUCUACAUGUUUUAUCUUAAUAACUAGAUUAACUUUUAUUUAUUUAUGAAUUGGCUUGUAGCAACGGUGGUUGAAGUCCAUAACUAGUUUAGUUGCUGCUUGUCACUUUGUGAAGUGUAUUUUUAGAAGUGACUUUGUUCUGCUUUUUUGCAGGGUGAAUCUUUUUUAUAAUCCGAAGCCUUUGAAGUUUAUGAUAAAUUAGAUUGCGGAAAAUGCUGGGAGGGAAUAGCGGCAAUCCCCUUGCUCCAGUUUUCCUGGAUGAGAACCGCAUUCCUUAUCAGAACAACGCUUCAAACCAGCUGCAGUUAUUUGUGCCAGCUGGAUGUAACGUUGAUGCUGUAAACUAUUUUGGAAAUGAGCAUAUCUCUCCUAUGCUUCAGCCCAAUAAACGAAGCAGGGAGCCAGAAGACUUUAGUAGACAACAAAAGCUCCAAAUUUCAUUGAACUAUAACAUUUGCAAAGAUGAAGCUGACCGCUCAGCAAGUGUUCCGAACAACCCUAAUGCUGUGUCAACUGGGUUACGACUAUCAUAUGACGACGAUGAACGAAACUCUUCUCUGACUUCAGCAAGUGGGAGUAUGGCAGCAGCAAGACCUUCAAUGAUCUUGUCAUCCCUUGGGGACAAUAUUCGGUCUGAGCUUGAUCGCCAGAAAGAGGAAUUUGAUCAAUAUAUCAAACUUCAGGAGGAGCACCUGGCUAAGGGAGUGAGGGACAUGAAACAGAGACAUGUUGCCUCAUUUCUUGGUGCUAUUGAGAAGGGUGUUGCAAAGAAGAUUCGGGAGAAAGACAUAGAGAUAGAGAAUAUGAACCGUCGAAACAAGGAAUUGAUUGACAGAAUAAAACAAGUGGCGACAGAAGCCCAGAAUUGGUACUACAAGGCAAAGAACAACGAAUCACUGGCCAAUGUCCUCAAGACCAAUCUCCAGCAGGCAAUUGCUCAGGGGGCUGAUCAAGUAAAAGAAGGAUUUGGGGACAGUGAGUUUGAUGAUGCUGCCUCUUGCAUUGAUCCUAAUAACAACUACCUGAAGAUGACAAUAGGUGGUUGUGGCCCUUCAUCAAAGCCUCUCUCUCGGCGAGGUGGCUCUAAAGAGCAUAUGACCUGCAGAGCAUGCAAAGCAAGGGAGGUGUCGGUAUUGUUAAUGCCUUGCAGGCAUCUGUGCCUAUGUAUAGACUGCGACAUGUUCGUCAAUGUUUGCCCUGUAUGCCAGUUGAUCAAAACUACCAGCAUCCAAGUAUACUUGUCCUAAAUUAUGAAAAAUUGAAAUGUCACUCAAAUGUGAAAGGGGAAAAAAAGGGUCAUCCUAACUCUCUUCUGUGAUAAAAGAAAAACCAAACCUCAUGCAGGGUCUUUCCUGGUAUUACAAAAGUUGUAUUUGGAGUAACCUUGUUUAUUUUUGGGAAAAUGGAGUUCGAGUAAAGUAUGUUUCUAUUCCAUCUUUUUCCCCCCUCUAUUAUGAAAACUGUCAAGAGUGCUUGUUUUUUAAACCAUGGAAAGAAGGUAGCCAUUCUGCUGUUAUACAGCUUUGGUGGA